AUGGUUGAGAUGUCGUUAAAGACCAAAGUUGGGAACUUUCCUAAGAUAACAGUGAAGGAUAGCAAGAAAUUGUAUGACUUGUAUGACAUUUUGAUGGAAAUAGAAGCAGUGAAACAAAUUCCUAAAUACAUGCAACUCCUGAGUUAUUAUGAUUCCUCAGCCGGCAUCAUCCCCAUAGUACACAAAUUACCUACCCAUCUACAAGGAAAAUGGAGCGACAGAGCAACCAGAUAUAAAAGAGCUCAUGAUGUAGGGUUUCCACCCUUUAAUGUGUUUUGUGAUUUCAUCAAAGAUAUGAGUUUGAUGUUAAAUGAUCCAGGCCUUCCAUUUUCUAAUGAGAAUGCUCCUCCGUCAAGAGCAACCAAACCACUCACUGACAUUCGCAAACAGCCUACAGUGUACACAAGGGAAACAGAAAUUCAGGGAGACUCAGAGCAAGGGCAGUUACGGAAGUGUCCCAUUUAUCACUCCAAUCAUUCUCUAAACCAAUGUAGGGAAUUCCUCAAAAAAACAUUCAGAGACCGAAAGAAGUUCAUACGCGACAAGAACAUCUGUUUCAAGUGUUGUUUGACCACAACUCAUACUGCUAAAGACUGCCAAGCCUCUGUACACUGUGGAGAUUGUGGCAGUCAGCGUCAUGCAACAGCGCUUCAUAUGGUUGAAGGCAAUAAAGGUCAAGUGCAGAGUACAGCAGUCAAGGAGUCAUUACAUGGCACACCUGGGAAGGAGCAUGGCGGGGAGCCCAACAAUGACCUGGUCUCUAAGUGCACCCAGUUGUGUGGUCAGAACUUUAAUGGACGAUCGUGUGCUAAGACUGUGUUAGUACAAAUCUUCCCAAAGGGACAUCCUGACAAGGCAGUGAAGGUAUAUGCCAUCCUAGAUGACCAGAGCAACAAGACUCUUGGUACUUCAUCUCUUUUUGACGCAAUGGGUGUGGCUGAUGAUAAGUUUGAAUACUCACUGUCUUCCUGUUCUGGAAAGGUACUAUUGUCGGCAAGGCGAGCCAAAGAUCUCUGUAUUCAGGCUUGUCAUGGUGGCGAAACAUUCAUCUUGCCACCAGUGAUAGAGUGCAACAAUAUGCCAAAGGAUAGAUCGGAAAUUCCAACUCCGGAGGUAGCAAAACAUUACCAACACCUACGCAAUAUCGCAUGCCAUAUACCGGACCUGGAUCAAACAGCAGAAAUAUCCCUUCUUGUUGGUCGAGAUUUGCCAGAGGUCCACCAUGUUAAAGGUCAGGUGAUUGGUCCCAGGCAAACGCCUUUCGCACAAGAAUUGCCUUUGGGAUGGGUAAUAAUUGGGGAAGUGUGCCUUGGACAAUUUCACUCAUCCAGAACUAUCCAAGUAUCCAAGACGUUUCUAACGAAGGAUAGAAGACAAACUAUUCUACAACCCUGUGAGAACACACUGAAUAUCAAGGAAAUCCAUGACGGUCUGUCCAAAGAGCACUUCGCGACAAAAAGUGGCAUAUUUGUGAAAACAAAGGACGAUGACAAGUUAGGCUUGUCUGUAGAUGACAGAGAGUUCUUGACAAUCAUGGACAGGUCCUUCAAGAGGGACAGCACUGGUCACUGGACAGCACCCUUACCAUUCAAAGAGCAACGACCCGUCUUACCAAACAACAGAGUCCUAGCCGCAAAACGAGCUCAUUCCUUGGAUGUCAGUCUGAAGAAGAAUCCCACCAAACGAGACCAUAUGGUUACCUUUAUGAAAGGCGUCAUAGAUCGCGGAGCAGCAGAAGUCCCACCACCGAUUACGGAAGGCAGAGAAUGCUGGUAUCUACCCCUAUUUGGGGUUUAUCACCCCAAGAAACCUGAUAAAAUUCGAGGCGUCCUUGACUCAUCAGUGGUGUACCAAGGAAUGUCACUCAACAAUGUCUUGUUGACAGGGCCUAACUUAACGAAUAGCCUGCUUGGAGUGUUGCUGCGUUUCCGCAGGGAUCAGAUAGCAGUGAUAGCUGAUGUAGAACAAAUGUUCUAUUCAUUCUAUGUAAAUGAAGAGCACCGCGAUCUCCUGAGAUUUUUGUGGUAUCGCAACAACAACCCGGAGGAUGAGCUGAUAGACUACCGCAUGCGAGUGCAUGUGUUCGGCAAUACGCCCUCAACAGCUGUAGCUACGUACGGAUUACGUAAAGCUGUCGUAAACAGUGAUAAAGACGUAAGAGACUUUGUUGAAAGGAACUUCUAUGUAGAUGACGGGCUGGUUUCUGUUUCAACCACAGAUGAAGCUAUUGAACUGGUGAAGAAAACACAGCAAGUGUUGAAAGAACAAGGGAGCAUUAGAUUACACAAAAUCGCAUCCAACAGUGUAACAGUUAUGAAUGCAUUUCCCACUCAGGAUUUGGAGAAGAGCCUGACCCAAGUCAACAUCGGAUCAGAUGCUUUACCAGCACAACAGAGCCUGGGUCUGUCUUGGGAUCUCAACUCGGACUCCUUCACUUUCAGUGAUCAUUUGGGAGAUAGGCCAUUUACCCAAAGAGGGCUACUUUCCACCUUAAACAGUUUGUUCGAUCCAAUGGGCUUCAUAGCACCCCUAGUUAUCACGGGAAGAAUUUUGGCAAGAAACAUUUGCAGUGCAGGCACUACCUGGGAUGAAGACUUACCUGAUACUUACCGACAGGAUUGGGAGAACUGGACACAAUCGCUGCACAGCCUUAGUAGUUUUACUAUCCCUCGGAUGUUCAUGCUCGACUCUCUCAGCACGGUGGACAAACCAGAGAUACAUAUCUAUUCGGAUGCCUCUGAGAAAGCGAUAGCAGCAGUUGCCUUUGUUAAGGAUUCUAUAAGUGGAAAAUAUGGAUUCAUCUUAGGAAAGGCGAAGCUUGCAUCUUUGCUUGGACACACAAUACCACGCCUUGAGUUAUGCGCUGCGGUCCUGGCCACCGAGAUAGGGGACGUCGUUGGGCGGAACUUAGAUGUUCCAAUGGAGAACAUAAAUUACUUCACAGAUAGUAAGGUUGUUUUAGGGUAUUUGAAUAACAACACCAGACGCUUCUAUACAUACGUCAGCAAUCGAGUAGCUAUCAUUCAUGGGCGCUCUAAACCUGAACAGUGGAAGUACAUCCAAACAUCUCGGAACCCUGCUGACGUCGGGACAAGAGGUGUCUCCAGUGUUAAGGAACUGGUGGAAGGUAUUUGGAUUCAAGGACCACCUCCUAGUGAAAAUGAUGAUGACCAUCAAUGCGCAAGGUCAGAUACAUAUCAGCUAUUUGACCCAGACAACGAUUCUGAAGUGAGACCGUGCAUCAGAACUACAAAGACCUCCACAGAUGAAUCGCCAAGGCAGAUGAUUACUAAGUUCGAAAAAUUCUCCAGCUGGCAGAGGUUAAUAAUUGCUAUCACUGUGUUAAAAAGAGCAGGAAGGAUCUUCAAGGAGAAAACCAAACCCAACUCAAGAGAAAUGUUUGAACAAACGAAAAGGUCCAUAGUAACAUUGGUUCAGAGAGAUGCAUGCUUGCCAGAAACACAGUCUCUACAACAAAAUAGACCACUGCCCAAAGGGAGCCCACUUUUGUACCUAAACCCUUAUUUAGACCACUCCGGAUUGUUGCGGGUGGGUGGACGACUAAGACAAAGCGACCUGCCAGAGGAACUUAAAAAUCCAAUUCUGCUUCCAAAGAAUUCUUAUUUGUCAAGGCUUCUGAUCUCACACUUUCACGAAGAGGUUAAACACCAAGGGAGAUUAUUCACGGAGGCAGCCAUCAGAAGCAAUGGUUACUGGAUCACAGGAGCCAAACGACUGGUCUCCUCAGUCAUCAACCACUGUGUUACUUGCAAGCGACUACGUGGAAAGGUUCAAGAACAGAUAAUGAGCAACUUACCUCUGGAACGCACCUCCGCAGGACCACCGUUUUCCAUUGUCGGUGUUGACACCUUUGGGCCAUGGGAAGUUGUAGCCCCCAAGACAAGAGGUGGUCUUGCUCACAGUAAAAGAUGGGCCAUUUUGUUCACCUGCAUGGCUACACGGGCAGUGCACAUUGAGCUUGUAGACGAGAUGAGCAGCUCCGCCUUUGUAAAUGCUUUACGCCGUUUUGUAUGUAUACGAGGCUCAGUGAAGGAAUUCUGUUCUGAUCGCGGAACUAACUUUGUUGGAGCUUUGGAUGCUCUAAGAGUGGAUGGUGUGUGUGUAGAACAAGGACCAGUGCAGGAAUUUCUUAAUAAGUCGGGAAUCAUUUGGAAGUUCAACCCUCCUCAUGCUUCACAUAUGGGGGGUUCUUGGGAGAGGAUGAUCGGUAUGGCCCGCAAGAUCCUAAACACAAUGCUUUUUCAACACAAGGGCCAAUUAACCCAUGAAGUCCUUCACACGUUCAUGUACGAAGUGUCAGCCAUAAUCAACUCCCGACCAGUGACCCCAAUAUCAACUGAUCCUGAAAAUCCAAUCAUCAUCAGCCCAGCUAUGCUGCUGACUCAAAAGACCGGUUUUGACCCUGUACCGGAUUUGGAUGACGACGUAAGGAACCUUUACAAAACAGGAUGGAAGCGUGUUUGUUGGUUGUCCAACGUGUUCUGGAAACGAUGGAAGGGAGAAUACCUGAGUGGCCUCCAGAUUCGCAGAAAAUGGAACCAACAACGAGAAAAUUUGAAAUCUGGGGAUGUCGUUCUGGUACGCGAUUCCACAGCUUGUCGAAAUAGGUGGCCCCUGGGUUUAAUUCUUAGGGUCUUUCCUUCCAAGGAUGACGGAAAUGUCCGCACAGUGGAAAUUCGCAUGUUUAAGGAUGAGAAACCGACGAUACUGGUGCGACCUAUAUCCGAACUUGUCAGCCUGGUGAAUUAA